GGUUAAGCGUGCAACCCUGUCUGCCAAUCUUGAGUAUCGUUUCUUGUUUUUUUGCCAAAAUAACUAUAAUUUUGCUGACAUGUGCGACGUUGCAACAGUGCAAAAGAUUGCCAAUUGCCUGGGCGUGAAUCCCGGCAAGGUGCAGCUGAACGAGGAGCAGGUCGUAACGCGCACGAGUGGCCAAAAGAAGACCGUGGCCGGAUUCGCCACAAUCCUGGAGAGCUUGGCCAGCGAAUCCAAGUCGGAGACGGCCCAGAACAGCAAGGUGUCGCGGGAGGUGGAGGCCCAGGUGUACCAGUGGAUCGAGUUCUCCGUUCUCUACGUGGCGCCCGGCUCCAAGGACAAGCACGUGUCCAAGCAACUCCUGGCCGACUUCAACAAGCUCUUCGCCAGCAAAUCCUACCUGGUGGGCCACUUCAUCACGCUGGCCGACCUGGCCGUCUACUAUGCCAUCUACGAUCUUGUGAAAUCCCUCUCGCCUGUGGACAAGGAGGCCUAUCUGAAUCUCUCCCGCUGGUUCGAUCACCUCCAAAACCGCCCGGAGGUCCACCAGGGCGAGACGCUGCUGAACUUCACCACCAUUUACCUGCACGGCUGGGCCACAGGCACUCACAUCUAAGCCCACCACGGAACUUCUGCAUCCAUUCACGUCACAAAUGCGACACUUAAGUUAUUUAUUUCUAUUGCAUUUUUCACAAUGUAGUUUUGUGUGUGAUUAUCAUUUAAUGCCAAUGAGAGAGUUCAGCGUUGGAAUAUGAAGAAUCGUUAUUGUA